UACGAAAAUCUACUAAUUGUUAGUAGUGUUCCAUACUUGAGAAGAAAUACGUGCGAUCGAACACGUGAGUACAACACUUUGCUUAUUUCUUCACUUUAGUAAGUAGACGAAUUAUGUCUUACUCCGUACAUCAUCAAUUUACCCUAUACUUUACUUACUUCCAACAUAAAUUGACCAACACUCGUCUACAUUUGUUUUGAGUGUUAGAUCAGAUACAGAUUACCCAGCAUUUUCUCGGGGUAAAAUGAUGAAAUGCAUAGGAGGAAAUAAAGUGAUUCCUUCCAACUUUACUUUCAGAGCUAGCGGUAUUGCUUAGGAAUUAUUGCCACCCUCAUUUUAUCGCGUGCUUGGCACUAGUUCUUCUAAUGUCAACAUUGACAGCCAAGUGUCAACAAAUACACCGCUUCACUAUGCAAUUCACUGAACGGUGCAGUGUACAACCCGUCAGGCACGCUGUGAGCUUGACUUUCAUGUUCUUGUGCAAUCAUCUUUAGAAAAGCUAUGUUUCAUUGUUCAUAAAAGGAUUUGAUAUUUUUUGUGCCAAUCAAUUUAUAUUUUAAUCUUUUCGGACAGUAACACCUGAUCAAUAUCAUUUUGUUUCUAUAUUUUAGCAAGGGAGCUUUUUGAUAUCUUGAUUAAGCCAACAUUGACCCUAAACUCAUUUUCUGUGGAGGACAUUCCAGACUUAUCAGAAAUGACCAUCUGUUUGUGGCUUAAGAUUGGAGCAGGAUGGAGCAGCAGUUCAAACAAAAGAAUGUACCUUGUCUCCUAUGACGUGGAUGCUCCGAAUACGUUAAAAACAAACAGCUUCUUUCUAGGCCUCGACGACACCAAAAGUCUUAUCUUUGGAAUUGGAACUGAGGCACAGCCGUGGUAA